UGGAUAGAAACAUGUCGAGGACGAACAGUGAUCAGCUGCAUUCCUCCACCUUGAGGAUUUACUCGAACCUGAUGGAUGAUUUCAACCCAGGCCUGCAGAAACUGGUUUCACUGGGAAACAGCUACUGCCGAGCUUUCAAGGCUCUGGCGGAUACAAGCGAGGCCUACUUCAGUGCGCUGUCAAAGAUCGGAGAGAAGGCUUUUUACACUGUGUCCUCACGAUCCCUCGGAGAUGUCCUGCUUCAGAUCUCCGAGAGCCAGAGGAGACUGACGCUGGAGCUGGAUGGAGUCUUCCGCUGGUUCAGUGUGGAGGUUCUGCAGGAGAUGGACAACAACGUUAGACUGGACAAAGAUUACAUCUCAGGAAGCAGGAAUCAGUACGAGAUGGAAGUCCACAACCAGGAAGCAGCUCUGGACCGACAAAUGAGCAGAGGAAACUACAAGGAUGGUUCAGAGUAUGUGCAGUUCCUCAGGGAGAGCCACGGAGAGGCUCUGAAGGAGGAGGAGAGGAGAUAUCGUUUCCUGGCUGAGAAACACUGUGGAAUGAUACAGACCAUCGCCCAGCUCAUGGAUAAGAUAGGUGGCUCUCUCAAGCAGAGAGGUAAUACCUGGACAGAAGAGGUGAACGCCACCAGACAACCUGAAGCCAGGCGUCCAGAUGUCGUGGAUAACACCGUGAGUUCAGGGCAGCAGGAGAACAGAAGGAACAGAGACGAGCAGCCCCUCGGCAAAAUACCAUCAAGGGCCCCGUCUCCCCAGGGAAGCAUUUAUCGCUCUGCGGCAGACUCGGUGGGGGGUGGUGGCGCUGGAGGAAGAUAUACAAGGGCCCUGGUUUCCCACCAACCUGGCUCCAACCCCACCUUGCUGCCCUUCACCAGGGGAGAGAUAAUCACUGUGAUGGUCCAGCAGGCGAGGAACGGCUGGUUGUACGGACGAGGGGACAGCAGCUCGCGUCCGGGAUGGUUUCCAGCUACCUUUGUGGAACCAUUGGAUGAUCCUUUCAAGUCAACCAGCUCCAGCAACUCAACCCUCCGACACAGCAGCAGUAGCAGCAGCGUGAGCAGCCUGUUCGACCAACGGGGAAGCAGCAGCCAGAGCGGAGCCCCGCCCCCUCCCGCUCCACCGCCACCGCCGCCAAUGUCACAGUCUUCAAAUAAACACUCUGACAUGCAACAGAACAGUCAGAACUGGUCCACUCCCAGCAGGAAAGAUGAGUCAAAAUCACACAACAAAAAGAGAUCACAGCAACACACAUCGCAGCCGGAGCUCUUCCCGAGGGGAACCAACCCAUUUGCCACAGUGAAGCUGAAGCCCACCACCACCGAUGACAGAUCCACUCCACAGCUUCACCGCAUGUGA